CACGCCAUCUUCACAAAAUGAAAAUUAAACAGAAAAAGAAAAAACAGAACAGAAGGAGAAAUACCCCCAACGGAUGUUUUCACAUUUUGAGCUUCAUCCCAAUUCUUUCCUUCAUUCUUCAUAAACCCUAUCUCCCAUCCCAAUUUACCCCAAUUCGAAUUCAACCAUGACUCAUCACUAACCCAAUCAAAACCCAAAACAUGUAUCUGAAGAAACCACUCUGGAGUGAAGGAAUCGAAACGGAGAAACAAGAUCCAACUGGAUCAUCAGAUCCAAAUGCUUCCGUGGUGGAGCUCGUGAAUUCACUUCAUCAACAAAGGGUAUAUCGUGAAGUUACUCUCGCUCUCACCACCGGUCUCCGAGACGCACGUGCCGAAUUCUCGUUCCUCCGUCUCCGUGCUCUCCGUUCCAUUCUCAAUUUCCUCAAUUCCAUUGUCGAUUCAGAUUCUACUAUUUACCUCUUUAACCUAACCCAAUCUAUUCCCCAACUUCAAGUGGUUCCGGUUCUCUUUCAGCACUCGUUAAAGGAAACUGGGAAUGAUCACAAUUACAAUAAGGUAGUAGGUGACAUGAGUCAUAUAUUUGGUGUGGAACCCAUGAAGUUAACUAGUCCAUCUACAGAUGAUGAAAUUGCACUUGCUCUUAGAGUCUUGGAAGGAUGUUGUUUGCUUCAUCCACACAGUACUACUCUUGCUCAUCAACACAAUGCUGUUCAGGUUUUGUUGAAUAUACUAUCCACCCGUGGAGUUCUUGAGCAAAGUGCAUGUUUAGAUGCUCUGAUCUCAUUGAUGGUGGAUUCAUCACCCAAUCAAAUGGAUUUUGAGAAAUAUAAUGGUAUUAAGGAAGUUGCCGACCUUAUAAGAGACAAACAAGUGGAUGAAAAUCUCAGGUUAAAAUGUGGAGAGUUUUUGCAGCUGCUCAUCGGGCAUGUCAAUAGUAGAGAUUCACCUCCUUUGGCAACUAUACACGAAGACACAAGGCGUCUCCUAGGGGAGACAUCAGCCUCCUUGAUAUGGGCAGCCAGUCAGUUUGGCUCGACGCUGGAUCCAGAACAGAGACUAACUGCUCUUCAAAUCCAGGCUCGCAGGAUCCUUGAAUCAUUGGACUUGUAUUGAAUGUUAAAAAAAGUGGCUACAAUUGUAGGAAACUAGUAAUAGAUCAGAGUGUAAUGCAUGCAUGAGGUGACAUUUGAAAUUUAUGUAAAUGAGUAAAGAUAAUUAUAGAACAAAAUAUGGUAAGGUAGGCCAAUAUAAUGUGUAAUAAAGAUCAAAACACAUAUUAAUUUAAUAUGAAAAUGAAAAAAAAACAUUGACAUCUCUA